AUGAAGGGGAGAUCUCACGUCAGUCUAAAAGAAACCCAGGGAGUCAACGUUGCGCAUCUCUACAAUGACCGAGGAGUGGCUCGAGAUUGGUCACCACAACGGAAACGAUGUGUUGCGACUGUGGCCUGCAUCAGCACGGCCAUGAUCGGGGUGCUCAUUGGUAUCUAUGCUGGGCUUGUGCCAGCUCUUCAAUAUUACAUCGGAGACGACAAGCAUUACACAAUCCUCGGCAACGUCUUCUUCUACCUCGGGCUGGCAGUCACCACAUUGUUAUUUUGGCCCCUGCCCUUGCUCCACGGCCGCAAGCCUUACAUCCUUACCAGCCUGAUCCUCGCAAUGCCGCUGCUCUACCCACAGGCCAUCUCUGUGGCCGAAAUACGAUCCCCUUUCGUGCACACCUGGAGAUGGUGUCUCUUGGGGUCCAGGGCUUUCAUGGGCUUGGUGCUUGGCUUCGCGAGCAUGAACUUUCACUCCAUCUUGACCGAUCUCUUUGGCGCUUCUCUGAUGAGUUCAUAUCCCCACCAGGAGUUGGCGGACAAGUAUGAUGUGAGACGGCACGGCGGCGGAAUGGGCGUGUGGCUAGGUAUCUGGACUUGGUGCUUCAUGGGCUCUCUCGCUGUUGGGUUCUUCAUCGGAGCAGCCAUCAUCAACACACAGCACCCCUCCUGGGGCUUCUACGUCAGCAUUAUCAUUCUCGCAUUUGUCAUGGUGCUCAAUGUCGUUUGUCCAGAGACAAGGCCAUCGGCGUACAGAAGAUCAGUGAUGGAGGUAAGAGACGGGGACGAGAUCUCGACACGUAUUGCCCGCGGGGAGGUCAUGAUGCAUCGCGUCAAGACUGGACCGAGGUGGUGGGGAGAGGAGGUCUACCACGGUCUGAGACUCUCGGUGGAGAUGAUCUCUCAGCCUGGAUUUGCGGCCGUGGCUCUCUAUUUUGGCUGGACGUAUUGCCAAUUCGUUCUGAUCAUCAUCUUACUUGGGUCGUUGACCUCGCGGUACUACUCACUACGCUCUUCCCUCGUCGGACUCUGUGUUGCAGGGGUGGCGGUGGGUGCGCUCGUUGGCGUGCCGUUUCAAAAGGCAAACAUCUUCUCCAGAGCUCGAUAUCGACAGAAAGAUUUGGCUCACCAAUCACGCGCGAGGAGAGUGGCCUGGACAUCGCACCUUCUUCGCCGUACAGUCUUUACGGCCUUGCUGCCGUUGAUGAGCAUGGCCUACUCUCUGGCGUCCCGAGGCACUUCUACCCCUAUUGUCAUCCCUGUGGCUCUGGCCGCCGUCAUCGGUUUCCUCUCCUGUCUCGCCGUGGCGGAAUGCAACGGACUCAUCAUGGAGACGUUUGACUGUUCCGACCUGCAGCCUGCAACGAGCCGGCGCAGGCGUACUGGUUCGCCCAAGCGCUUGAGGAGGAACUUCUCUUCUUUUCCUCGUGUCACGGCCGGCUUCGCCAUCAGCCACGCAAUUGCGUUCAUACUCGCCGCUGGGACGACUGGUGUUGGCGGCCUUGUCCGACGCAGGCUCGGUCAGCAAGCUGCCACGGGCGUAGGCUCGGGCAUCUUGGUCGCACUGACGGCUCUGUUCUCUGCCGUCCUCGUCCGGUUCAAGACGGUGCAGGUUGUCCCCGAGACGGAGACGUCCAAGAUGGAGAAGUGGGACGAGGUCCGCCGGCACAGCCUGCGCCGACGUUCGGCCGCCCGCUCGGAGGGCGGUGGACGCACAGCUGGGGAUGACUUGCAGGGGGCGCUGCAGGAUGCAGAACCUUGGCGGCCGCCGCUGGUCCUCGGCAGCCCAACACACCCGACGCGGCGGAUGAACCUGCUGGAGCUCGGGUCGAUGACUCGGUGGAGCGAGAUCCGGCGCAAGAACAGGGUGAUCGAUGAAUGGAGCAACUAA